AGGCACCACUCCCCAAGAUCCAGAACCUCUCCGUCGCGGCGGGCGGCGGGCGGCGGGCGACGGCAAAACCUAGCGCUCCAUCCCGGUUCCGACCUCCCCGUUCGUUCCCCAGCCGCGUUGGGCCGCGAGGGGUGACUGUUGGCGAGGAGCUGCGGGCGAAUUAUUGACGCCAAAUCUUCCGUCCGGCCAUGGAGGCUGCGGGCGCAGCUGUGGCUGCGGCGGCGGCGGCGGCCGAAUCCGAUGGAACCGCAGAGAAGCGGGCACGGAGUGGCGACUGCGACGACACCGCCGACGAUUUCAUCAGCAGUCUCCCCGACGCCGUCCUCGGCACCAUCGUCUCCCUCCUCCCCACCAAGGACGGCGGCCGCACGCGGGUCCUCUCCCGCCGAUGGCGCCACCUCUGGCGCUCCGCGCCUCUCAACCUCGAGGUCAGCACCCGACCCCCCGACGCCGCCGCCGCCGCCGACAGCCCCGUCCCCACCCCCUCACGCGUCCCGCCCUCCGCCGUCUCCGAGAUAAUCUCCAAACACCCUGGCCCCGCACGCCGAUUCUCCCUCCACUGCCGCGGCGACGACGACCACUGCCCCCAGGCGGAGAGCUGGCUUCGCUCCCGCGCCCUCGCCAACCUCCAGGAGCUCGAUAUCUGCUACGCUGAACCCCCGCUGCUGACAUCGGUUCUCCGCUCUGCAUCCAACAUCCUUGUCGCCAAGAUCAGCCAUUGUGAUUUCGAGCCGGCCAUGAUCAAUUUCCCCUUCCUCAAGAAGCUCUCCCUGUUUCGCCUUACCAUCUCAGCGGACCUCUUCCCCAGACUGUUAUCUGGCUGCCAUGCCUUGGAGAUCUUAUCCAUGACCAAAGUUCGUGCUGUGGGUUGUCUCUGUCUUAGCUCGCCGACCAUUAGGACCAUCAUCUUCCGUCAUAGCUACGGUGAAACCGUGGAACUGGUCAUCGAGGAUGCUCCUCGCCUUGUAAGGUUACUAGUACCUUAUUGUGAGAGAAAUGAUAGUGUGACUAUCAGGGUAACUAGGGCGCCUAAUCUGGAGAUAUUGGGCCCUUUCUUUGUCGUCGACUCCAAGCUCCUACUCUUCCAGGGAAUAAGCCCAGUCAGCUCCACAAACUCGAUGCACACCUUGAAGGUUUUGGCUCUCAAGUCUUCUGGGCAGAAAUUGAAUGCAGUUCUUAACAUCCUUAGGGGGUUCCCCUGUUUGGAAAAGCUUUGUGUUAUUUUUCAUACAAACCGUGAGAGGAAUGACGAAAAUGAGCCCCAGUAUGACCCACUACAUCCAAUCGAAUGCCUUGAGACCCGUCUAAAAAAAGUGGUGUUUAAGUCAUUUGAGGGCUAUGGCAAACAGGUUGACUUUGCGAAGUUCUUUGUAUUGAAUGCAAAGGUGCUAGACAAAAUAGAAUUUGAAGUAAGAAAUCAGUACAGCAGUGAGACAGUGGCUUAUGAACACAGGCUGCUACAAGUGGAAAACAGAGCUUCCCGGGAGGCUCGGGUUGAAUUCAGGACUACUAAAUACUGACAGAGUACCAUGUCAACAAGCGGAUCCAUGAUUUGUCAGUGGCCGACCCCUUCAGACAGCCGUAGACAGCGUUGAUGCCUGAAGAUUGCACUGUCUUGUGCUCAUUUUGUAAAUGGCGUCGAUGCCUGAAGAUUGCAUUGUCUUCUGCAUAAGUCUGCUCUAUUUCUAGUCUAAAGUUCCUCUAUAAUAAUUCCAGUAACUUCUGAAGUUACCCCUGUUAAAACAGAAAAAGAUGGUUUUGGAUGUAAAAAUUGUGCACUUUGGGAAAUUUCUGAUGGGGAGGAAUGCAGAAAUAUUACUGCCGAAAGUUGUAACCGGAGGGAGCUGGUAGGUGAUAACCCCAUCUGCUGAAACUACUCACAUCGCCUUACCCUUGCCCUAUGCAAUUGUGGCUUUGUUCUGCCUAAGCUGGUCUAGAAACAUGUGACUGUGUGGGAAACUUAAUUGUCCUUUCAGCUAUAAACAAAAGCAUGAGAUAUUUCAUUUCUGACUUGAUUUUA